UUUAAUAAACUCUCCCGUCUCGGCUCGGUUCGGUUCGGUUCGGUCUGAGACGCUGGUGAACAGAAGAGCGACCUGGACCAAACCGCGCGUAAAGGUGAGGACCGGGAUUCAGGAGCGGCUUUUCCUCACCUGUCAGCCUGCGCUUCGGUUCGGUUCGGUUCGGUUCGGACGUGUUCCCGCUCAGGAUGACAGCAGCCAGGUGAAGUGCAGGUGUCUGAGAUGCGACCAUGUUCUUUCCGCAGCGCCUCGCUCUGCUGCUGCUCGGCGGCUCCCUCAUCCACACGGUUGAUGGGAGGUUUCCUUACUGCUGGCUGUACUGGGAGAUGGAGCGAGCCAGAGGAGAGUGUCAGACACAACUACAGCAGCAGACGCCAGGCGCUGAAGGAUGUGAAGGUGAGUGGAACAACGUUUCUUGUUGGCGCAGCGCUGCUGUCGGGGAAGUGCUGACCCUCCCAUGUCCCUCCCCCUUUCUGCUUCUGUUUGGUAAAAAUGGUAACCUGAGCAGGAACUGCACGGAGGACGGCUGGUCGUUGGUUUAUCCCGACAUCGGCUUCGCCUGCUCAUCGGACGUCAGCGACAAACCCAACGAGCUGGUCUUCUACAGAGUGGUCCACAUCCUGUCCACUCUGGGUCACAGCCUGUCGCUCGGCGCUCUGAUCACCAGCACCGCCAUCAUCUGCUCCUUCAGGAGGCUCCACUGCAUGAGGAACUACAUCCAUCUGAACCUGUUUGUGUCCUUCAUGCUGCGAGCCGUGGCCGUGCUGACCAAAGACACUCUGCUCUUCUCAGAGGACCAGAGCACCGACUGCAGCACACAGCCGUCUCUGGUGGGCUGUAAGGCCAGCCUGGUUUUCUUCAACUACUUCGUCAUGGCGAACUUCUUCUGGCUGCUGGUGGAGGGUCUGUACCUGCACAUGCUGCUGCUGGUCAUCUGGACCUACUGCGGCCACCUCUCCGUCUACAUGCUGAUUGGCUGGGGUGAGCUGGACGUACGUCCGUCCGUCCCAGUGGACCGCACCGCUCUCUCCUUUGCUUCCUGGGGUGAAUACAUCGCCAAACAGCCUUUAAAUAGGCCGUCUUACGGCGGAGCCGCAGACGGUGCGUCAUCCUGUAAACAUUCCCAUGCCUCCCGUUCCUGCUGUAGUUUCCUUGUUUCUGACCUGCUGUCCAGGCGGUUGGCCAAGUCCACGCUGCUGCUGAUCCCUCUGUUCGGAGUAAACUACGUAGUUUUCUUCUACCUGAUGGAGCCGGACGAUGAAACGCUGAAGCAGAUCAAGAUCUUCUUCGACCUCGGACUCGGCUCCUUCCAGGGCCUCAUCGUCGCCGUCCUCUACUGCUUCCUCAACAGCGAGGUUCAGGCAGAGCUGCGUAGAACAUGGAGGAGUUUAUCGACGAAGCGCUGCGUGUUGCAGGACUACAGUCUCCGCCGCCUGUCAACAAACCACACCGGCACUCAGUUUCCCAGAAACACCCGGGCCCAGUCCAUCCUGCAGACUGAGACCACCAUGCUCUGACCAGAACCGGCUGGAAACUCAAACAUUUAAACCAACAGCCGGGUUCUGCCACAGCGCCCCCAGCUGGGGAAGAAACCACAUGUUAAUCAGAGAGAAACAGAUUGAAAGAAACUGACUGGAAGAAAAACCAAGAAAGUGCCAAACAUGGAAACACCGGUUUGCAUUGACCUUUAACCUCUGGAAGGUUUUUCCCACCUGGACACUUCAGCUCCCAGCAGAUCCCUCCUCACUUAACGUCACUGUAAAAAUGUUUGAAAAUGAAUGAAUGUUUAGUUUCAACAGAAUAAAAUUACAGUAAAAAUAUAGAAGAUUGUAUAAUUCCUCAUGGAGAAGAAAAGCGAGAUAUAACUUGUAUAAAUUGUAUCUAUUCCUACACAAGUACAGAAACAGCUGCUCCUCUGAAACUUCAUAUCUGCAGAAGGAGCGAUUAUUAAACGUGAGAGAAGGCCGGAGGAGGAGCGAGGUUACUGGUCAACGGGUCGUUACGGAGGAUGAAACCUGCCCCAGCAGCAGGCGGAGCGCACAGUCAGACUGAUCUGAGCUCAUAUAUCUAUGUGAGGGAACAAUAGUUUGAUUCGUUUACCUUUAAAUCUCACUAACUCUCACUCAGUCUGCUCUCGGCUCCUUCAGCUGCACAAAAAUAUGGAAAUGGUGAAAAUGCGCUGCACCUGGUGGAACAGAAACCACGCAAUGCAAAACUCCACUAAUGGGGGAAGGAAACACAUCAGGCAUGGUGGAGGAUCUGUGGUGCUGUGGGCUUGUUUCUCCUUCCAGGUUGAUUGUAAUUCCUGUUUCUGAACAAACGUUUGACUUGUUUCCUUUUUUUAAACCACAGAAUGAAACAAAACUUUACCUUUCAGGUUUAAAUGCUGCAAAUUGUCUCUGAUUCCAGGAUCUUAAAUCAUUUUAUUUCAAAUAUUUUGAUACAUCCAGAAUUUAAGAAAUCCUCCUCCUAGUGGCCAUUUUAGGUUUUACUGGUGAAAACAGCUCCCGUUAUUGUUUAGCUUUUUAUGCAUUAAAUCCAGUAUAAACCAGCAGCGUUUUAAAAAUUCAGGAUGUAAAAAUCAUGUUUCAAAAAAUGAAUUUAAUUUACUGGAAAACAUGAUAGAAAAAUCCUCCAAACUGCAGCCGAUAUGAAGUUAUUACCACAUUUAAGCAUCAGAGAUUCAUAGAACCUGCUUUGUUUAUGGCGUCUGUUAUGUUUGAUUUAUUUUUCAUAAGUUUUAUUUUAAAUUGCUUCCUCUGAGUGUCUGAGGGGCCGAUUACUACAGCCAGGUUUUAUAUUUUUAUAUAAUUUUUCAAGCUUAUGGCUCGUUUUUAUUUAAAUAAAUGAAAAUUAUUUUCCUUCUUUGUAAAAUGGACUCACUGUUUAUAAUAUUUUUAUCUGCAUCAUAUUAAACAUGGAUGUAUAAAAAUAUGGAAGCUUUUAGACACAAUGUAAACAUCUGGAUUUUAAAAAAAUAAAAACUUAAUAUAAAGUCUC